UCUUCUUUCUGCAAGCUGAUGACAAAAAGCUUCAGAGUUCUUUAAAGAAACCGGCUGCGAACAAUAUAGCUGGUAUUGAAGAGGUGACCAUGAUUAAAGACGAUGGAACAGCUCUUUAUUUCAACAGUUCCAAAGUCCAAGCUUCCCUCUUCACUAAUACCUUUGCAAUUACUGGUCAUGCAAAAGCCAAACCAGUCACAGCAAUGCUUCCUGGAAUAUUAAGUCAUCUUGGUGCUGACAGCUUAACAAGCAAUAGAAAGUUAGCUGAAUAAUUCCUGUGACAAGUAUUGGAUAGUAAAGGACAAAAACUAGAAAAUAUUGAUGAAGAGGAUGAUGAUGUUCCAGAUCUUGUAGAAAAUUUUGAUGAAGCAUUGAAAAAUGAAGCUGACUAAAAUCCCCUGGGAUCUGGAGCCUGGCAUGGACUAGAAUUAACAAUCAGCUCUGUUGUUCCAAAGUUUUACAGACACAGAGAACAUCAUCUGUUAUUAGUCAGUAAUAUAAAUACUUGGAUAUUAAUAAUGCUGUUUGUUCAGCAUUUCUUGGUCAUUUAAUUUUGCAUUUUUCACUUUUUCCCAGGAUCUAUUCUUUUGGUCAAAAUAUGAAGUAUUGGUAUAGUUUGAAGGUGGUUUUUUGUUUUUUUGGGGGGAACUUUUG